GUGCAGCGAUUCUGCUUUGUCAUCAACGCGAUCACUGCUUGACCUUGCAUCUUUCCGACUGCGUUCUUGAGUCUUAGACUGACGACUUUGCUUCGGACACAUGUCAGCAGAACGCGUUCGCGUCCGCGGACUAAGCAUCCACAGACCUAUCAUAUACGGAAAUACCGCCUCAGUACUGACACCUAAAGCCCGCGAGGCCCUGUCUACGACCUCUCCCGAUCACACGCACACAUGGACUGUUGCUGUCCGUAGUGCUGCAUCUGCAUCGGACCAAGAUAUCGUCGGUGGGGCGGAUGAUUUGAGUCACUUCAUCAAGCGCGUAACGUUCAAGCUUCACGACACGUAUCCCAACCCAUCUCGCAACGUGGACAAGCCACCGUUCGAGUUGACGGAGACGGGAUGGGGUGAAUUCGAGAUUCAGAUUCGGAUUAUAUUUGUCCCAGACGCGGCGGAAAAGGCCAUAACUUUCUACCACCAUCUCAAGCUACAUCCCUGGGCAGCCGCCGGAGAUCCCGAAAUCCCGCCGCUUGACGUUGCCAUACGAGCAGGACCCGUCCAUUCCUGGCAGUACGACGAGCUCGUCUUCAACGAUCCAUUCCAAAGUUUCCUCAAUACACUCACUCAACACCCGCCCACUCCCCUGGUCCGCACACGUAGAAAACCUGUACCCUUCCAUCUCGCGAAUGUGGCGAGUCUGGAGGCCAGCAAAGGCGGCACCCCCGAGUUCACGCUGCAAAUGGAGAAAGAAGAGGCGGAACGCCUGGAGGAGGCCAAACGAGCCGUCCUCGCUGAAGACCAGAAGUGGCGCUCAACCCUGAUCGAGAAGGAAAAGGAGUUGGAGCAGCUGAAGAAAAUGCUCGAAGACCGAGCGCAGUAGUGAACAGUCUUGUAUCGCCGAAUAUCCCAACUAACAAGGGGGAUGUUGGCCAUGUAAUUGUACGCUGUACACCAAGUCCAAUUGGAAUCUAGCUGCUGACUCUGCAGCGAAAAACAAGAUAUGUAAUCCAC